CAGAUGUUGGUCACCCCGCAUGAUGCGAUGUGAUUGACUGAUGGGCCUCCCAACUUGGCCGGCCCCCGACAUGAGGCUUGGACAAGGCAGAUCUUGUGGUCAGAAAUAUUGUGCAAAGUCAGUAAAGCUGAAAGGCUCGAGGCCUCUUCAAUGAUCGAAAGCCAUAUAAGAACAGGAAUACCUCUAGUGUCUGACUUUAGUAGCUGCAAACUGCUCUUAUCGGGACUACAGGAACUCAAGCUUACUGCCUACAAAAGACCGUCGAAACGAACAUGAUCAUGGCAACAAACGACCUAGUUCCCCUCAGGGCUAGGCCAAAGCGUCGUCUCUACGAGCCUAUCGUCCUGUACAAGGCUCUCACUGAGAUCACUCACGAACAAGGUGCUCUUCGACAGGCCGAAGGCACAGAAAAGCCAAGAACGGAGGAACAACGGUAUCACAACUUCUUACACAAACUCGCCAGCAUCUGCGACAGCACAAAAGGUGGCAAGACCGUCACCUCGGUUGCCAUACUUGAAGAGGAAGACAAGUACAAAUAUGUCUUUGCUUGCAAUCAAGUCUUUGACAAGGACCUAGAGAAUACACAAGAGUUCUUAACAGACAUUCUCAAGAGGCUCUGCGAUUUUCAUCGGCUGUCUGCAGAAACGAAGAAUUCUGCUGAAAGCAAGCUGAUGAAGAUGAUCCUCGCGUUCAAUUCACCAAGGAUAGACUGUUAUCUUGCAGCAUUGAAGACGAAUAACAUAGUGGAAUGUCUGGAGUACUGCGACCACCAGGUGACUGCAGAUGAUAUAUCAGUUGGGCAGGGCCUAAGAGCUCUUGCCAGAGCUAUCAAGGGCACCACUUUCAAAGAGAUGAACGAGAAUCAGUAUCUUGAGACCUACAACACUCUUCGUCGGACUUUCAAGGCCUUUCUUACUCCAGAAGUGACACACUACAUCGACAGACGGGCCACAAACGGUCGCUUCAGUGAUGGAAGAAGCUUUGUAUGCUGGUCUGAACUACGCCAUAGCUUAUCACGUCUUCACAGCUACAAAAAGACCGUACAAGAUCUCAUCGACGCAGAGAAAGAAUGGCCAGACCUCUUCCAAGAGUUCUUGGUUGUGCCAGUCGAGUCAAGCAGCGCAUACCCCAAUCCAUUGGGUAGAAGAAGCGAGAGCGCUUACAAUAUUGUUAUGCGAAUGUGCAGCAGCGACAAUGAGGCUUCACGACAGAGGUAUUGUGAUCUUGCCCAGAAUUUGCAGAUGAUGAACCUCGAUGAUCGUAUUCGGGCCCAAUGCACCAGAACAUUGUUCAGGCCAUAUGUACACUGCGAGAUAUUGGUCCUGGAAUGGAUAAUGGCUGAGUCACAUCGCUCUAAGUUCUCAAAUGACUCUGAGGAGAUCCCUCGCUCAGAAAUCACAUUCUUCAACGAUUGGAGGUAUAUUGGGAGCAGCAAACCUGCAUGUCAGCUAUGCCGCUACUACUUUAAUGCCAUAGGCCAGCAUGACGGUAUCCGCACUCGAGCAGGUCAUGGUAACCUUUACGUCAACUGGCGGUUCCCAGAUCUUCACGAAUCUGAUGGCGCUUUUGGUCAAAAGCGACGACAGAGCAUCUUCAACUCAAUGAUAGAGAAGAUUCGGCAGGAUGCUUUUGGGAUCUUGGCGACGAGAAACUCGGAGGGUAAAAGGCAUGACUCGAGCACCCAUCCCCUCAUGUCGGUGCGGUAUACCGAUGUUCAGACGGAGUUGAGUGUUCGUGAUCUGCCCGAUGUCGAUGAAUUGGGCGAGGGUUUUGCUACGGGGCUCAGUCUGGACUCGCCGAGUAACAGUUUGGAGGAGUCGGACUUUGAUGAUGAGGAUGGUGGAACUAGUCUUGGAUGAGAGUUGUUCUAUUUCAGGGUGUCUAUUUCGUGUCUUUUUUCUCUAGGCUUU